GGUGACUAAUCGCUCAUCUGCCGUUCCUCGGCCGAACUGAGAGCAGCAAACUCCGACAUGACCACUUGUGUGCCGUUAUAAUGAGCGGCUGUUUGAUUUUUCCGGGUCUUACUUGAAUAUAAACGUGAGCCAACAUCCGCGCUUGUUGUUUUCUCUGCGGCAACUAUGAACGUAAGAAGAACAGGCUGUCAGUUUGGUAGCUGGAGGAAGCUAACGAGAAGCUAACGGCUAGCUGUUUGGGUGCUCUGUUUCCUGUCACCAAGGCGCCCUUAACGCCCGCCUUAGAGGUAAUUUACGUCGUGUAGCGGCUAAUACAGCUGAACCGGAGAUAAAUGGCGCUUCUAGAUAAGUUUAGGUGUUGUUGUGAAUGUUGACAUCCCACAGUUUGGGUCGCCACCUGACGCUGUUGGCUACCUGUGCGCUACUAGCCACGUAAACCGCUCCUGCUGGGUGUUGACGUAGCAGCAGCAGCUAGCUCGCCUGCCCUGCUUAGCUAUUUACAUUUUAUGUUAAUUGGGGCUGCGAGGACAUUGCCAGCCUCCCUGCUUAAAACAAGACAUCCCGCAGACGGAACUCCACCGAGGACAUGAGCCGUUGUCUGUCAAAAUGCUGUAGCUGGACUUGAACGUGCGGCUCGUUAGUUUCCUGUUGCAUUGAGCGGAUGAUGAAGCGGCUCCUCUGGCUGAUAGCAGGAUUAAACAGAAGAAUGAUGAAGCUGCUUUUUGCCCUCGCUCUGAUCGCCUACAUUGCCUCUGUCUGGGGAACAUACACGAACAUGAGAUCAAUACAAGAACAGGGAAAGAUGAAGAUUGAGCAGAGAAUUGAUGAAGUUGUUGCUCCGCUCAGAGAAAAGAUUCGUGAUCUGGAACAAAGUUUUUCUCAGAAAUACCCACCGGUGAAAUUCCUGUCAGAAAAGGAUCGGAAGAGAAUUCUGAUCACUGGAGGAGCUGGUUUCGUAGGUUCUCAUCUGACUGACAAGCUGAUGAUGGACGGCCAUGAGGUGACUGUGGUCGACAACUUCUUCACAGGGAGAAAGAGAAAUGUAGAGCACUGGAUUGGUCACGAAAACUUCGAGCUCAUCAAUCACGACGUGGUGGAGCCUCUCUAUAUUGAAGUGGACCAGAUCUAUCAUCUGGCGUCUCCAGCUUCUCCUCCCAACUACAUGUACAACCCCAUCAAAACACUCAAGACCAACACCAUUGGUACCCUGAACAUGCUUGGCCUGGCCAAACGUGUGGGUGCAAGACUUCUGCUGGCUUCUACUUCUGAGGUUUAUGGAGAUCCAGAGGUUCACCCUCAAAAUGAGGAGUACUGGGGACAUGUGAAUCCGAUUGGUCCUCGGGCAUGCUACGAUGAAGGGAAACGUGUGGCAGAGACCAUGUGUUACGCCUACAUGAAACAGGAAGGAGUAGAGGUGAGAGUGGCAAGAAUCUUCAACACGUUUGGCUCCCGAAUGCACAUGAACGAUGGACGUGUCGUCAGUAACUUCAUCCUUCAGGCUCUACAAGGAGAACCUCUCACGGUGUAUGGUACCGGUUCCCAAACAAGAGCUUUUCAGUAUGUAAGUGAUCUGGUGAAUGGCCUCGUGUUGUUGAUGAACAGUAACAUCAGCAGUCCAGUCAAUCUGGGGAACCCAGAGGAACACACGAUACUGGAGUUUGCACGUCUCAUCAAAAGUCUCGUCGUGAGCCGAAGUCAGAUCCAGUUCCUUCCUGAGGCUCAAGACGACCCACAGAGGAGAAGACCUGACAUCCGAAAAGCCAAGAUGAUGCUGGGCUGGGAGCCGGUGGUGCCCCUGGAGGAAGGCCUGAACAAAACCAUCCAGUACUUCAGCAGAGAACUGGAGCACCAGGCCAACAACCAGUACAUCCCCAAACCUAAAGCCGCCCGCAUGAAGAAGGGAAGACCCAGACAUAACUGAGGCCAAGUUCUCCAGCAGACCCUCAUCACAAAACAGAAAGAUGAAAGACUCCUUAAAGAGCAGCUGUUUGAAGUACACUUUGGUGUAGUGCGCUCUUGGAAAUAGUUUCUUUUAUUGAGAAGAAGAAGAGACAACUUUCUCUCUGGAAACUCUCUUUAAAAAGAUAGUAUGGUCUGGUGUUGGAGCUGCAGUGGGGGUACAAUCUUCCUUAUCAGAGCUUUUGUGACUGAUGGACAAGCCUGAAUCAAAGAGGCAACAAAUUUGAAGCAAGAAAUCUGAAACCCAGCCUACCUUUUUGUGAAUUUGUGCUUUUGCUAUUUAAAAUCGCCAUCAUGAGAAUCCUACGCAGCCAGCUCACACUGUGCAUCUGUGCUUUGUUCUGAUUUUGUCGGUUUCAUGGUGUUUUGUCUCUGGAGAUGGACAACCUCAGUUUGUUUUCCCACUGGAUGUUUUGUCCUCUUCCCAGUGGCGUUCCGGCACCCUGUCGGCUGUUCAGCAGAUCACCGCAGGACUGGACAGAUCCUCGAGCGAGACUGUUACGUCAUCGUUGUGUUUGUGAAAAUCUCAUUAUCAAGAUGUGCAUUAUCAAUUUGAGGUGAAGAUGCUAUUUUAAUAAAAUAUUUCCAAUA